AGGGAAUAAGGGAGAGAGCUGCACAUUGAGUUCCACCUCAGUGUGUGAUUGAGUUCACAGCAGAGGCACAGCACGAGAGACUACACACACGAGCAAUCCGGGUGCAGAGCACACCUGAGUGACUUCAGAAAAGGCACAACAGUGCAGAACAACAAAGAAAAGAGGCAGAUAAAAGAAGACAAGUGGUAGAGAUUACCUGAGACAAAGACUGAGACAAAGGGACUGUGAAACAAAGAAAGGGGGAGCGAGAGAAAAGACAGGAGAGACAGCAUGUCUUCUCUCUCCAAUCAGCAGACUGGCUCUCCUUUCGCAGAGUACAGUGAGCUGUGCAAGGUGCCGUCCCUGUCACCCGGUGUGCCGGCUCAGAGCUGGGAUUGGCAGCAUCCCUCAGGCAUGGACAUGGGCACCCCGAGGAGUCUGGUUGUGGGUCCUGGGGCUCUGGCAUCCACCGGACUCACGGAUGAAGACAAGCUGUGCUUGUUUGAGCAGCCGGGCAGGGGCAGCAUGGACGUUGAGCUGAAGGCGCCAGGCAAGGUUGGGGGCAUCUCUGGAAGCACCUCCCUUGGCAAUGCUUCCCUGGGGAGCACAGGAGAAAGUCCAGACAGCCCUCUGUCUUCCUCCCCAUCGCCCUCCCCAGCUUCCCCUGGCAGACUACUCUCUGGCCUGGGAUGUGGGGGCACCAGCAGGGUCUCCCUUCCACCAGUUCCUGGAUCCCCAGCCAGGCAUAUGGAGCUCCCUUCACCCACUAGUGCAGUGCAUCCACACUCUAUGGGAGCCUCGCUGAUGGACGAUUCUCCAGUUGAUGGAGACUCUCCAUCUGAACCGUGGAAAAACUCCGGUUUCGCUGAAUGCAGCCCAAAGGUUGCGAUGCCCCAGGUUGCCCCGAACUACUGCGUUAUUGGAGAUGCCAAUGACAACCACUUUGAGAAGGAGGACAAGGUUAUGGCUGGAGCAGCCCUUGUCACCCGUCAAUUAUCCGAGGGCUCUUCAAGGGACAACAGUGAAGAAGAAGAUGAUUUAGAAGAAGGGGAAGGGGAGGAGUUGGAGCCCUGUUUUAUGGGUCGAGCGCAGCAGCAGAGGAAGGCUAUGCGUCGUGCAAUGUCUGAAUGCUCCCACUUGUCUGUUCCAACCAGUUUAGAUCUUCCUGAUAAAUACCCAGGUGGAGAUGGGGCAGGGUUGGACCAGCUGGUUUCACCCAUGGGUGGUCAACGUCGCUCACCACACUCCAUGAAGCGCUCACAUACUGUUGCAGAAGACCAGUCCCCGACCCCACCACCCACCCUCUCGGCAGCGGGCACCACACAAAUUGACCUGCGUCAAGCCCAACCUGAACCACCCCUAUAUCUCUCCCCAUUCCUACCACUGAAGGAUGGCAAUACUGGCUUCCCUCUGUCACCACUAGAGGCCCCAGUAGAGGGCUUUAAGGAGGAGAAGGAGAUAGGUGGCAUUGUGCUUCCGGUGCCACCCAGUCCCAAGGGGUUCAGCAGCAUGGACACCAGCUCUGCUUUGUUUAUGGGCUACAACAAUGAAACGGAAACUGGCAGCAAAUCUGACAUGGCGAAAGAUACAGGCUUUGGAGCGGAUUUUAAACUCAACACCAGUGCUGGUGUAGACUUUUUAGCUGGCGGCAAAUCAACACUGGCAGAGGACUUUGAUGGUGACCUUGCCACUGGUAACUAUACCAACCACGGAUUGAACUCCAGCACAAAUCCCUUCAUUACAAUGGAUGUCAAAUCUGGCAUGAUGGAGAAAACUGAGAAGAAGGAAGACAAUGAUAAGAAGAUAGAAUUCUUUGAACCUCUGGAAAAAGCCGAUCAGAAGAGCGUGAAGGUGGAAUAUGUGAGCAAUCCGACUCCAGGCAAGGUGGAGACAGAGACAGAGAAGGCACAAAAAGAGAAGGAGGCACAGAAAGAGAAGGAGAAAGAGGCAGAAAUGUUGAAGGAGAAGGAGAAGGAGGCAGAAAAGUUGAAAGAGAAGGAGGAGGCAGAAAAGUUGAAAGAGAAGGAGAAGGAGGCAGAAAAGUUGAAAGAGAAGGAGAAGGAGAAGGAGGCUGAAAAGGACAAAGAGAAAGUAGAGUCGAUGCAACAGAAGGCAGAAAAGGAAGACAAAGUGAAGGUAGAAUUUUCCCCCGAUAAAUUGUUCAAGACUGAGGACAAGGCGGAGAACGUCCAAAAAGUUCAGGUGACAGAGGAGGCAGAGAACAAAGUUAAGAAAACAGAGAAUGUGGAAAAAGUGGAAGAAAAAACCGAGAUGAAAAACUCUGAAAAGGUUGACAAAACCGAAGUGAAGGAUGUCAAAGAGCAGCACAUGGACAAAGUGGAAAAGACCCCAGAGCAACAGCCGACAGCCGCCAAACUCGAUAUCGGUUCUGACAAGGUGGAGACGAAGUCUGACACCGAGAUGACGGCGACAGCAGAGGUGAAAGAAAGUAAGAAAGAAGAGGACAAAGCACAGAAGACAGAGAAAGAAGACAAACCGGCCGAGAAAUCGGUAGAAAAACAGAAGACUGAUAAGGAUGAGAAGCAGGCCGACAAAAAGACAGCGGAGAAGAAGGAUGAGAAGAAGGACAAAGCUGCAAAAGCAGACGCAGGAGAGAAGGUCAAGAAAGCAAAACCUGCAAGUAACGGAAGCAGCACCUCACCGAGCAAAGACCUGGCAGACAAGAAGACUAAGCCUGUUGCUGGGGUGACCAAACCGAGCACUGCAGCCAAAACACGGCCGAGUAGCACGGCUGCUGGCGGUUCAGCCACCGCCACUACAAAACGCCCCACACCCUCCACAACCGCCACCUCCAUCUCAGACAAAAAAGCAACCACAAGCAGGCCACUAUCCACAGCAGCUGCUGGUCCAAAGCGACCCUCAACAGCCUCCGCCAGCUCCACCAGCCGCCCUGCAUCCUCGACCACCUCCACUACACGUGAUGUUAAACCCAAGACCACAGCAGAGAAACGCCCCCUUGUGCCAAAGGCCAGCUCUGCAACAACAGGCUCCACCGCCGCCACCAAAAAUGGAACCGCUACCACAGCAGCAAGCAAAACAGCUGCAUCAGUGCGCACAACUGCUGCUCCACGCAGCACCACCACUACCACCGCAGCCAGGAAGCCUCUGGCUUCCAAGACUGACGGCAAACCAGGAGAGGAGAAGAAGCCCGGCACUCCGAAGACUUCCACAGACUCCACCAAACCCAAGACCUCCACCACAGGCACCGCCCGCAGCUCCACUUCCACCACCGCUGCCUCUCGCACUCGACCCACAGCAGCCAAAGCGGCCACUUCAUCCUCCGCCACUGGCGCAGCAGAGAAGAAGCCCCUGGUGCCUCGCGCCACCCGGGUCACUUCCUCUUCAACCACGACCACCACCUCCACCUCGAGGACCACCGCUCGACCCAGCACAGCACCUGCUCCUGACAUCCGUAACGUUCGCUCUAAGAUCGGCUCUACAGACAACAUGAAGCACCAGCCUGGAGGAGGGAAGAUGUCAUCUGCCUCUCAGAGCAGGUCCCUCGCCUCCAAAGAUACGAGCCAGGCCAAAGUUCAUAUAGUCUCCAAAAAGGUGGACUUCAGCCACAUCACCUCACGCUUGGGCUCCAAGGAUAAUUUGAAGCAUAUUCCUGGUGGAGGGAAAGUGCAGAUACUCAACAAGAAGGUGGAUCUGAGUAAGGUGACGUCAAAGUGCGGCUCCAAGGACAACAUCAAGCACAAGCCUGGUGGUGGUGUCGUGAAGAUCGAGUCUCACAAAAUGAGCUUCAGGGAAAAGGCUCAGUCCAAAGUGGGCUCCAUGGACAAUUUGAGCCACUCACCUGGUGGAGGAAACAUCAAGGCUGAGGGGUCCCAGGAGACAACAGAGGGGAAUGAGACUCCCCUGAGUGGCACCUUGGCCCCUGGCUGCGAGCCAGGGCAGGCAGGGGGCGCCGCUGCCCAUGAGAAUGGGCUGAAGGAGGGGGCUCCCUGUGAUAGUGAGGGCCUCCGGGAGACCCAGUCUCUGGAGUCAGGCAUCCCAGAGUCAAGCAUCUAAUUCUGCUAUCCCUCUGCCCUCCUCAUUUCAACCCCCCCUCAACAACACCUCCUCCCCCCUUCCCCAAUUAUCCUCUUUCUAUAUAUAUAUUUUUUUUCCUCUCCCUCCCCUCUCCCCUCUCCCCUGCCCCCUUUUUAUUUUCUUUCUGACCUUUCUGCUGCAGAUUGAGUCUCUCAAGCUCAACUUCCGCGAGAAUGCUCGCUCUCGCACGGACCAUGGCGCCGACAUUGUCACCUGGCCGGCCCCCCAGGACAGCCCCCACCCACACGGAUCCUUCUAUUCUCUACACCAAAACCACCACCACCACCACCACCACCACCAACCGACUCCUCGCAGUGUCUCCCUCAUUGAAUCGUUGACGUCUGCAGGCUGCAUCAGCUCCCCCUCCACCUCUUCCUUGCAGCAGCUUCAGGAGGAGGUCCGGGUUGACAUCAGCCACACCUUAAAAGGAUCUUGACCUCUUUUCUUUUUGCCCCCAUCAAGCUCUGACAACCCCCUUGAAUCCCAAAUCUGUCUUUGCAAAUUAUGGAAUCAUCCAGUAGUUCUGCCUCUCUAGUAUCAUAUUAUGAGCUCUUCAUUGUGCACCACCGCCAUCCUCCUUGCUAACCCGCCCUCCUUCAUAUGGCUGAAGUGACUGUAUAGACUAAGCUUGGGCCUUGGUGGGAUCUUUGUGGAGGGGAAUUAGGGGACGGUAAAGUUUUGUAACAUUUCUGGUUGCAUCUUCUCCAAGCUGACAGACCCUGAAAUCAUUUAGCAACAGUGUGGUGGUGGACUCCGCAUCAUCUCACCUUCCACACAUCAAAUAACAGCACUUCAUUCGUCAACUGAGCGUUGUGGAAAACCCUCUCGGACUCACCUUAACACGUAGCUUCUCUUUUUCCUUGUGACUUCAUGGGCUGUUUGUUCCCAAUAACCACUUACACUCUGCUUCAAUAACGUCAUAGUAAUUCAAUCUCAUCUGCUUCGUCGCAUCCUCUCUCUAUCACUAUCACUUAUCAUCAUAAACAAGCUGACAAACAAAAAAAAAAAAGCUAGACAACAAGUAGGCUGUUAAACUCUUUACUCUCUGUGUUUGUGAUGACGUGUUUGAGUGACAAAAUAACGUUGAAAUGAGCUUUCGGUGUUCUGUUUUGAUCUUAUUUCUGUUUUCUUCUUCCUUUCCUCCAAGUUUCUUGAUUUAAAAAAAACAGGUUUUCUUUAUUUAAUGUACUUUUUUCUUUCUGUGUAAGCAAUACAGUGGCAGUCUUUUUCUUUUUCGUUAACACUCAGAGAAUCUUGGAAACACGCACAGGUUUUUGUAAAGCAGUACACACAGCUCAGAAGGAGGAUAGAGGGAAGUGAGGAAGGAAUUGUUGCUGUGUUUUUAAAAGUAGGGCAAAAGAACAAAAAGGAUUAUGUUGGAACCUGAAUGUUUUUCGAAAAAAUGCAAUACAGAGGAGAUGUGCUGAGGUUGAAAAGCUUAACCAGAGCGUGCAGUCCAGAAGGAGAUGAGGAAGCAGCGUAAAUGUCUCUGGAGUCAAAGGCGCUGUGUGUUUCAUUCGUGCCUCCUGUCCUUUUUACCUGAAAACUACAAACAAAGAUGCCGCAGGCUCACGCCUAAAACUGCUCAGAGAAACACAAAAAUGUCAUAAUUCAAAAAACGCACAUUAAACCGCUAGGCACAACCUGGUGUUGCUAUUUAAGAGAACCCUGUACACCUUGGUAGUUUAGUGUAGUCAUGGCUGUUGUCCCCAUUUCAGGUGUUUCUAUGAGGGGUUAUGCUGCAGUGUUUGAUUGCCGGGUGAUGAUAAAAGCUUCAGCUGAAUACUGAACAUCUCUUCCAUGUUGUUGGGAGUAAAAGCAGUGGAACAUGAUGUGGUUGUAUCAUAAUCUCUUGUAGCAAUGUAUUCAACUAUUGCCUUUAUAAUGCAUGGCCAGAUUAUUAUGACAAUAUAAAGCCCUGAGGGUGAAAACCCUUGUUGCAUUUUUGUUGUUACCGCAUGUAUCUCUCUGGGCAGUGCUACACAGGUGAUGUGUUGUCACUCAGAAGACCCUUUUUUUAGCGCUGAUAUCGUCAUUUUUACGUCUUCCAUCGAUGAUGUAAUUCCACUGACCAAACUAGUAAACGGAGAUAAUUGAAAAACAGUGAUUCAAACUCAAUAGGUGUUUUUGGACCAAACAGUUCCGGGGACUUUUUGAAGAGGAGCUGUCCAUUAGGGAGUUCCCUGAGAACUACACACCAUGGGGACUUUUUUUUUUCUGUCUGCAUUCGCACCUCCAUGGUACCUACUCUGAAGCAGGAGCUAAACAGGUUCCUCGAAACGGGGAUCCAGGAACUAAAAUAGUUCAUCAUUCCUGCGGUGCGGUGGGGGGGAGGGUUCCAACAGUUCCCAGGACUACGAAAAAGUUCCUGCAGUCCGAUAACACCUGUUGAGAUGGGUUUCUCAUGCGAGGGUAUUACUUACACAAGUUCAUAUUAUUUACGUAUUUCAAUCAAGCAUUAUAUCAGCUGCAAAGAUUAUACUUGCUUAGUAAAAAUGCUCCUUUUUAAUAUCUGGCUUUAUAGCCAUUCUGUAUUCACCAGCUAGCAGCUAGUUCUUUCUUAGAAGUAUUAUGAAAUCAUGAAUCUUUCCAACCUAUUGAUGCCGACUUCUUCAAAGUUGAACACUUAAUGCUAGUUACAUCACAUGUAGUAAAACAGAGUGAAACGACUCGCAGUUUUUGGGGUUUGGAUACAGUUUCUUUGACGCAAAUCUUUUGUUUUAGCGUAUAUUCAAAACAAAAAAACAAAAAAAUCAAUGAAAAACAAGCGAGAUUAUUGAAAAUGCCUUUAUCAGAUAUUAAACACUAUCGUCUCUUUUUUUUUUUAAAAACAGAUUAAAAACCAGAGCUCCAUUGGCAGCCGCAAAACAGACAAAUCAAGCAAACAACGAAAGCAGAUUUUCUUUAUAUUCAAAUUGUCACUUUAACAAUGAAAAAAGAAAAAGGAGAAGAAGAAGCCUUGAAGGAAACAAAUGGAACUAAAUUGCACCUUAAUGCUUCAAUUCAAAGAGGGCUCACUGUGAGGACUGGUGGUAUAUAAUUAGCAAACUAAAUACCCCCUUUUUUUUCAACAAGUGAUGCCAAAAAUGACUUAAUUAUGAACAAGCUUAUGCGUGAUGACAUGAACUAUGGACUCUUAUUUCUCCCCCUACUAUUCAAUCAUGAAGUGUAGUUUGAUUGGUCAUUCGUCAUUAUUCCGUUUUAUAUUAAAAACCUUGAAUUCAAACUAGGAAAAAUAAAUCUUUUUAUGACGGAAAAAAAAACAAAAACCAGCAUUAACUCCUAAUUAAUGUCGUCAGAAAGUGGAAAUGUGUCACAUGCAGGUGUUGAAGUAUUUUUUUCUGCCAGGUGAGGGUCGAGUGUUUGAAGAGCAGCCGUGAUCAUUGCGUUUGCUUUGUUUUAUGCCACAGCUGUCGCCCAGCUAAAGUAGUCCUCGUGCCUGCCCAAAACCAUGGUUAUGGUUUUGCUUUUGCCCCGAGAGUUUUUACUUGGAUUACUUAUGAGAUUGCACAUGGAUGUAUAUAGAUAUUUUAUUGUUGACGUAUUCGGUAUUGCCCUCAAAUUAAAGAACAAAGCAUCAGCAUUAUUAGAAUCAGGUGGGGAUUGGUGGGCUAUGUCUAAACAUGUCCGAGUACCUUUUCUGGUUCUACGGGGAGGAGUGUUUUAACCAUGACUAUUAUGACUAUUAUCCUGAUUAUUCGUAUGACACGUUGAAAAAGUCUGCCUUUUUCAUUGGAAAGGGGCCACUGAAGUGAAAGAAUGUCUUUUGAGAUAUAUUGUACUAAAGACGCAACACUUUUGUAUAUGUAUUUAUCGUUGUGUCCCUGUAGCCUUGUGGUGGUUGUGCUCUCAUGGUUGAAGGGAUGAUACUUUUAGAUUUGUGGCAGCAGUUUCUCUAAAGGAUGUGCACGACGAAAAAGUCUUUAAAAAUCUCAUGAAUUAGGCUGUACUUAAAGUGAUGUAACAGCAGCUUGAUUUAGAAACUGACAACGUAGAUUUAAUUGAAGAGAUUUUGACUAAAUUUAAGUUGUGUACAGUUAUGCACAAAAAGACCAUUUAAUCAAGCCCAGUCUUAAGAGACGAGAAUCAUGUUCUGACAAGCCAGUAAACUUCUCAUUUAGGACACAAUGACCUCUGUAGGUUUAUAAGAUAACAGAACGACGCUGGCUGGGACUGAAGUUUAUGCAGCAGAAAGACAUGUCUCUGUAUACCACAGUGAGCACAGUUCAAGCUGGCACUAAGUGUAAUAGUCCAUAUAUAGGCCUGUAAUUUGGUAGAACUACAAAUAAGAACAUAUUGACUGCUACGUUACCCUCAAAAUGCAGCAGUCUGCCCUGAAGAGUCACACACAGCGAGACACAAACACAUCCUUGUCUGUUAAAAAGAACAAAUAGCUGUCAGGUUUGGCUUGUGUUAUAAAGAAAAGCUCCUCAGUAAUCUAUCCAAGGAGCAUCAUAGAGCUUCAUUUUCUGCCAGUGCACUCAUACCAGACAUGCAAGUGUAACACUAGCUAACAAACACCUACUGUACCUGCAGAGCAUGCUCAAAAAACAACAAUGGGAUGUGUUUGGUAGACUUACUUUGUCAUUUGCAGAACCUCCUUAUUGUUUUUGUGGUUUUAUUUUAUUAUUAUUUUUUUCAUUAAUUUGAGUUUUAUUUUAUGGUUUGAAAAAAAAGUGUUCAUUGUGAUUACUUGUUAAUUAGUGAUGUGAUUGUUGAACAUGAAAUAAAAUGGACUAAAACUCUCA